AUGGAAUUGGCGCAACACAGAAAUGCCUUACUUUUGAUAACGGGGAAGCCGGGGUCUGGAAAGACUACGUUGAUAUCUCGGGUGUUUGCGGAACUGAAGAAACAGACUAGGAUUUCAACAACGGGCUUCUUAACCGAGGAAGUUCGCGAGGCUCCUGACCGACGUUCUCGGCGGAUUGGUUUUGAUGUAGUUCUACUCGACAAUCCUGAUAUUCGCGCCCCUUUGGCCAGAUGUGUGGACUCGCUGAUGUCGCUUAGCCCAAGAUCAUCACCACGUGUCGGACAGUAUGUAGUAAAUGUACAGUCGUUCGAGCAGCUAGCGGUACCCUGUAUCCAGUCAGUAUUGGACAAAUUAAACACCUCAUCCAAUUCCUCCAGCGAACGGCCCGCUGUUUGUGUCAUCGAUGAGAUUGGCAAAAUGGAAUUGCUUUGUCCAAUAUUUGCUGGUCGGUUGGAAAAACUACUGGCUCGGAUGGCUGAAUCGCAAAAUACAAUUCUGCUAGCCACCGUACCUUCACCGCGAGGGUCAAAGGAUUCACGUCGUGGAAUUAGACUUGUGGACGACUUGUGCACCCAUCCUCAGGCUCGAAUAUUUGAAGUCACAUACGCCAAUCGUGAAUCCCUGGUUCAAGAGAUCAUCCAAUCUGUGUUGCAACAGUUUUCCGGUGUCAUGCCUUAA